AUGAAAAUCCCACCACAACCAGCGACAGUCUGUGAACUGGACCAAUACGGCGACCCGGUGCUUCGCAGCAAGGUGUCUGCGACUAGAGACCGCAUAACUAAGAGGAACCCGACACCAUAUUCCUUGAACGGAGCUCAGCACCGGCCUAGAAAGUCCCAGAACUGUAUUCGGGGCGAGUCCACGCGUAGCGGCUCGCUGAAUGAGAUGGUCAGGGCCUAUGGACAGGACCCGAAAUCUCCCAUGACUAUCUUCAGUAGUAGCCAGGACACAGAUUCGGAGCGUAACAACGUCCCCGGAUGUUUUUUCAGAAAGGUUUCUUUCCUUGAUGAGACGAAAGUACUUGAUUCCAGCGCAAUAGAUGAUGGUCAACGGUGCAUUCGGUUGACAGCGUUUAUUGCGAAAAACGAUGAAGACCAUAUAGAUCCCAAAAUCUAUGUGGAACAACGAGUUUACGAAGGCAUGAGUGAUAAUAUAAUUGUCCACGAACUUGCUUUUGGCGGCAGAAUUCAACUUGACAAGGAGUAUGUGUUUCCGGCCUGCGGCGACGAAGAUAGAAUUCUGGGAAAGCGUGAUUUGACGCUUCGCAUGGUAUCGUUUGGGCAAGAAAGCUUCAAUAGCUACCUGCGGGGCCACACGACAUACCACGGUUACGAUAUCAAAGACUACAUCUAUGUGGACGAAGAGAGCAUUUCCAAGGAGUCACCGCAUACGGCAUGGCGAAGCAUGAGCCAAGCACCUUACAAGGUAUCAUUGAAUGCGAAGGAUUUGCAAAUUCUUCGCAAGGCCAAGCAGGAGAACCGGGAAACGGCGGAGGUAUUAUCGGGUGAGGACAUCGAGCUCUUUCAGCUGCGUUUCGUUGGGCAAGGACAUCCCAUUGAGGACAACAUGAGUGCAGGUGAUCUUGUUGUCUGUGUUAUCUUUAGGCCUUGA